AUGUCCCUUGCAAAUCAAUCUUGCAUGAUGAAAAAACUAACACCAUAGCUACUGGCCAGGACCAAAGGCUUGAUAACUAAGGAUGUGGAGCACUGUGCCCAUGUCACAGGAUGGUGCUUGCCCAGGAGACUUGGUGCCUCAGGAUGUGAAGUGUCCCCGGGUGCAGCUGGGGCAGGAAUUCCCCAGGGUGGCUUUCCGAGGCCACAUCCGCUCCCUCCCCAAGCUGAUGGAGAUAACGCGCCCGUCCCGUGCAAGUCAUGGCAACCAUAAAGAAAACAGUCCUUUCCUGAACAGCUCAGAAGCUGGCAAGGGAGGCGAUUACUAUGACAGAAAUCUGGCGUUGUUUGAGGAGGAGCUUGAUAUACGACCAAAAGUGUCAUCUCUGCUUGGCAAGUUGGUCAACUACACAAAUCUUACUCAAGGUGUCAAGGAACAUGAAGAAGCAGAAAGUACUGAUGGAUCGAAGAAGAAAGUAUCAAAAUCACCCAGCAUGGGCACCCUGAUGGGGGUGUAUCUGCCAUGCAUGCAGAAUAUCUUUGGGGUCAUUCUCUUCCUUCGGCUGACUUGGAUGGUGGGAAUGGCUGGAGUUCUUCAGUCCUUCCUGAUUGUAUUGCUUUGCUGCUGUUGUACUAUGUUGACAACCAUAUCAAUGAGUGCAAUUGCCACGAACGGUGUUGUUCCAGCUGGUGGCUCCUAUUUCAUGAUAUCUAGGUCGUUGGGCCCAGAGUUUGGUGGAGCUGUAGGGCUCUGUUUUUAUUUGGGAACAACAUUUGCAGGAGCCAUGUAUAUCCUUGGUGCCAUUGAGAUUUUAUUGACAUAUAUUGUGCCACAAGCAGCAAUUUUUCAUCCCUCUGAUGCCCACGAUGCAUCCAGUGCCAUGCUGAACAACAUGAGGGUCUAUGGCACCGUGUUCCUCAUCCUCAUGGCAGUGGUGGUGUUUGUAGGUGUGAAAUAUGUCAACAAAUUUGCUUCCCUCUUCUUGGCCUGUGUAGUAAUAUCCAUCCUGUCCAUUUAUGCUGGAGCUAUCAAGUCCAUCUUUGAUCCACCUGAAUUCCCGAUUUGCAUGUUGGGCAACAGGACUUUGUCAAGAGAUCAAUUUGAUGUUUGUGCCAAAACUGUAGUUAAGGAUAACAUGACUGUGGCCUCCAAGCUUUGGGAACUCUUCUGCCACAGCACAAACUUAACCACGGAGCACUGUGAUGAAUAUUUCCUAAUGAACAAUGUCUCGGAGAUAGCAGGAAUUCCAGGAGCUGCUAGUGGCAUUUUAAUAGACAACUUAUGGAGCAAUUAUUUGGAGAAAGGAGAGAUACUGGAGAGGGCACAUCAGCCCUCUGUGGAUGUGGCAGGCCAGAAGAACAACCUGCACCUGUACGUGCUCUCGGAUAUCACUACGUCCUUCAUGGUGCUCGUUGGCAUCUUCUUCCCUUCAGUGACUGGGAUCAUGGCUGGUUCAAACAGAUCAGGGGACCUCAAGGAUGCGCAGAAGUCCAUCCCUGUUGGAACAAUUCUUGCCAUUGUCACCACAUCACUAGUCUACUUCAGUUGUGUGUUAUUAUUUGGAGCCUGCAUAGAAGGUGUUGUCCUGAGAGAUAAGUUCGGUGACGCGGUGAACAGGAACCUGGUGGUGGGGACGCUGUCCUGGCCCUCGCCCUGGGUCAUCGUCAUCGGCUCCUUCUUCUCCACCUGUGGGGCAGGGCUGCAGAGCCUGACUGGGGCCCCCCGGCUGCUGCAGGCCAUCGCCAAGGACAACAUCAUCCCCUUCCUCUGGAUCUUUGGUCAUGGAAAAGCAAAUGGUGAACCAACAUGGGCUCUUCUGUUAACAGCAUUAAUUGCUGAGCUGGGAAUCCUUAUUGCUUCACUUGACAUGGUGGCUCCAAUUCUCUCAAUGUUUUUCUUGAUGUGUUAUCUCUUUGUUAAUCUUGCAUGUGCAGUGCAGACACUUCUGCGAACCCCGAACUGGCGGCCCCGCUUUAAAUACUACCACUGGGCCCUCUCGUUUUUAGGCAUGAGCAUUUGCCUGGCACUGAUGUUCAUUUCAUCCUGGUAUUAUGCUUUGGUAGCUAUGCUUAUUGCAGGCAUGAUUUACAAGUACAUUGAGUACCAAGGGGCAGAGAAGGAGUGGGGUGAUGGCAUCCGGGGCCUGUCGCUCAGCGCUGCCAGAUAUGCACUGCUCAGGCUGGAGGAGGGCCCUCCACACACCAAGAACUGGAGGCCUCAGUUGCUGGUGCUUCUGAAACUUGAUGAAGAUUUGCAUGUAAAAUACCCAAGACUGUUAACAUUUGCAUCCCAGCUGAAAGCUGGUAAAGGUUUGACUAUCAUAGGAUCAGUCAUCCAAGGGAAUUUCUUGGAAACUUAUGGAGAAGCGCAGGCUGCUGAGCAGACUAUCAAGAAUAUGAUGGAAAUUGAGAAGGUGAAAGGAUUUUGUCAAGUAGUUGUAGCCAAUAAAGUUAGAGAAGGAAUUGCUCACUUGAUCCAGUCCUGUGGACUCGGUGGCAUGAAGCACAACACUGUGGUUUUGGGGUGGCCUUAUGGCUGGAGACAGAGUGAAGAUCCAAGGUCUUGGAAGACAUUUAUAGGUACUGUUCGCUGCACAACUGCAGCUCACCUGGCUCUGCUGGUUCCCAAAAAUGUCUCUUUCUACCCCAGCAACCACGAGCGUUACAACGAAGGCAACAUUGAUGUGUGGUGGAUUGUGCAUGAUGGAGGCAUGCUGAUGUUGCUUCCUUUUCUUCUCAAACAGCACAAAGUUUGGAGAAAAUGCAAAAUGAGAAUUUUUACUGUUGCUCAGAUGGAUGAUAACAGCAUCCAGAUGAAGAAAGAUUUGGCUACUUUCCUCUAUCAGCUCCGAAUAGAGGCAGAAGUAGAAGUGGUAGAAAUGCACAAUAGUGAUAUCUCAGCAUAUACUUAUGAGAGAACUCUUAUGAUGGAGCAGAGAUCUCAGAUGCUGAGGCAGAUGAGGCUGACAAAAACUGAGAGGGAAAGGGAGGCUCAGCUUGUCAAGGACAGACAUUCAAUAGCACGUCUGGAGAGCCUCUACUCAGAUGAGGAAGAUGAGGCAGACCCUGUUCCUGAGAAUAUCCAGAUGACCUGGACAAAGGAGAAAUGUGAUGCUGAGAAGCGGAACCGGGGCAGUGCUGUGGGCAGCUUCAGAGAUCUCAUCACCAUUAAGCCGAACCAGUCCAAUGUCCGAAGGAUGCACACAGCAGUGAAGCUCAAUGAAGUCAUUGUAAAUAGAUCCCAUGAUGCCAGACUUGUGCUCCUCAACAUGCCUGGUCCUCCAAAGAAUACUGAUGGAGAUGAAAACUACAUGGAGUUUCUUGAAGUCUUGACUGAGGGUCUGGAGAGGGUACUGCUUGUGAGAGGUGGUGGCAGAGAAGUCAUCACCAUUUACUCCUGAUUUAGAAGCUUCUACCCCUGGGCUACAUUUUCCUUCUUGGCCAUUACGGACAUUCCAGUUUCAAACAGAGAAGAAAAAAAGGUUUUUUUGCCUAACUUUCUCCUCAUCCAGUCCUGUUCAUUGUUUUUCCAUUUGCAACAUACAUAUCUUUUGGGAUUGCAGUAUUUGUUACACCACCCAAUUAGCAACCUAAAUUGUGAAGCUGCCACAUUAUUCAGUUUCUGCUUUGGUACCCCAGCAUUUGUGCAUGUAGUUUUAACACUAAACCUAUUUUUAGUCAGCACUGCUAUGUGCAGUAUUUUUAGUAACUGUAUGUAAAGUUAGGACAUGAAAGCCAGUUACUGUAAAAAGAUUUAAAAAGCUUUUUAUAUUAGGUUUGGGGGAUAGAAGUGCAUUAUAUAGCAGCUAGUUUCUGCUGAAGUUCAGCUAUAAAGCAUUUUCUAAGAGCACACUGAAGUAAGAGAGGACUGAAAAAGCUUUCCUUUUCUGGGUUUAUUUCCAGAACUAAACUCUCAGUAUUGGGUAAGAAUUUAUACUUUUAAUACAUUUAUUGAUAGAGAUUUAAAUAAAUUAUGUUGACAUAGUUGAAAUUAUGUAUGUAGCUUGCUAAAAGUUUUGUUGCUUCUGAGACUUCAGGUUCUGUGAGGCCAGAUCCCUAUUUAUUUUUGUAUUUAUUUGUCAGAAAUAUUGGAUAUGCAGAUGCAGACUGUUUAGGAGAACAGAGUUCUCACAAUAAAUUCUGAAUCACCAGUGGAUUGAAGGACCAGUCCUGUGCAGUUCUUCCAUGCUUUAAAUUCCUUGCAGACCAUCCAUCAAAAGUACUUUGGGCAUGUUGGAGUCCUGUGUAGAGCCAGGUGCUGAGCUGCACACACAGCCAUGGGAUUGCACUUGCACAAGUACAGGGACCUGCUGCUUCAUUGUAUGCUUUAUGCCCUUAGAGGGAAAAGAAGAAAAGAAGACCUAUAUUAACCAAUAAGUCUCUGGAGAUUUUAUCAAGCCCAUUAAGUUGUACUUUAUGUACAGAACAUUCGUAUUUUUUCAAUAAAAUGUUGCAUACACUUUGAA